AUGAUGUUGAUCUUCUGGGGGUUCCUAUCAGCUGUAGUGGUAAGGCUUUUCAGCGUACGCUACAGCCGUAAAUGUGUCUCUAUCUUCUUCGGCUCGUGGCUUGCCUUGUGGCCUUUCCUCUUUGAGAAGAUAAACAGAACCAAAGUUUUGUUCUCUGGCGACAAACUUCCUUGCGAGGCACGAGUGUUGCUCAUCGCAAAUCACAGAACAGAAGUUGAUUGGAUGUACUUUUGGGAUCUUGCACUGCGUAAAGGCCAGAUUGGGAACAUCAAAUAUGUGCUCAAGAGCAGUUUGAUGAAGCUACCUCUGUUUGGUUGGGCGUUUCACCUCUUUGAGUUUAUUCCCGUUGAGAGGAAAUGGGAAGUCGAUGAAGCAAACUUGAGGAAUAUGGUUUCUAGUUUUAAAGAUCCUCGAGAUGCUUUGUGGCUUGCUCUCUUCCCUGAAGGCACAGAUUACACGGAUGCUAAAUGCGAAAGGAGUAAGAAAUUUGCAGCUGAGAAUGGACUUCCGGUGCUGAACAACGUUCUUCUUCCAAGAACAAAAGGUUUUGUCUCCUGCUUGCAAGAAAUGAGUUCCUCACUUGAUGCAGUUUAUGAUGUGACCAUAGGUUAUAAAUCACGUUGUCCGUCUUUCUUAGACAAUGUGUAUGGUGUUGAGCCAUCAGAAGUUCACAUCCACAUCCGUCGUAUCAACCUAACCCAAAUCCCAAAUCAAGAAAAGGAAAUCAAUGCUUGGUUGAUGAACACAUUCAAGCUCAAAGACCAGCUGCUCAGUGACUUCUACUCUCGUGGCUAUUUCCCUAACGAAGGAACAGAAAAAGAGUUUGACACGAAGAAGUAUUUAAUAAACUGCUUGGCAGUGAUUUUCUUCACCAUCAUUUGUACGCAUCUCACUUUCUUCUCGUCGAUGAUUUGGUUCAAGAUCUAUGUCUCUUUGGUAUGUGCCUACUUGACAUCAGCUACACAUUUCAAUCUUCGUUCGGUUCCACUUGUUGAGACUGCCAAAAAAGCUUUAACAUUAGUAAAGAAAUAA